GGAGAGAGAGGAUCAUAGAGGAAAAAGCUCUCUGGCUACGACUUUUGUCGGAUUCACAUACCAACAUCUAAACCGAACCGGGGUCAGUGGACAAACGCUAAAAAAUAAAUAAAAACAACUGGAAAAUUGUAGGAUUAAAUGAUUUUAUGGAUUAAUUUGAACCUUUUCUUUCGUCGAAAGAAAACAUUCUCAACUUGACUUCAUAGAAUCGUUACGCUGGUCACUCAAGAGGAGCCCAGAGGACUGGGAACGAGAUGAAGACUCCGGAGGAGCCGCCCUACCUGACAGUGGGCACUGAUGUCAGCGCCAAGUACAGAGGUGCUUUCUGUGAGGCCAAGAUUAAGACUGCCAAGAGACUGGUCAAGGCCAAGGUGACCUUUAAACCAGACCUGACCACAGCAGAGGUCCACGAUGACAGCAUCCAAGGCCCUCUGAAGGUUGGUGCUGUAGUAGAGGUGAAGAACCCUGAUGGAGUGUACCAGGAAGCUUCCAUCAACAAGCUGACAGACUGCAGUAUAUACACUGUUGUGUUUGAUGAUGGUGACGAGAAGACACUGAGGCGUUCCUCUCUCUGCCUGAAGGGAGCACGUCACUUUGCAGAGAGCGAGACACUAGAUCGCCUCCCUCUCACCAACCCUGAGCACUUCGGCACUCCUGUCAUCGGCAAGAAGGGGAACCGGGGACGCAGGUCCAAUCCAGUUCAGGAGGAAGAGUCCUCUUCAUCGUCCAGUGAAGAGGAGGACAGUGACGGGAGACAGAACGAAGACCUGUAUGGGAAGGUGGUGUGUGUUGAGGUGGGCCCUGCCUCUACUGCAGACAGGAAGACCAAGACAACAGCAUGGUACCCUGCCCUGGUCAUCACCCCAGACUGCCAUGAAGAGGCCACCAUAAAGAAAGACACCGUCUUCGUUCGUUCCUUCAAGGAUGGCAAAUUCAACACAGUGCUGAGGAAGGACGUAACGGUGAUGGACACAGACUCUCCUCCUAAAGCUGACGCAGGGCUCAAGCCAGUGCUGGAUGCGGCUGUGGAGUUUGUGCAUCAGGCGGUGGUGCCCGGCUCCUGGAGGACUGAGGUGAAAGACGAGAGUUCCACAAGUGAGGAAGAUGAGGAGGAGGAAGAGCAGGAGGAAGAGGCCAGCGAAGAGGAGGAUGAGGAGGAAGUGGAGCCGUUCCCCGAAGAGAGAGACAACUUCCUGCAGCAGCUGUACAAGUUCAUGGAGGACAGAGGAACCCCCAUCAACAAGAAGCCUGUGCUGGGCUACAGGAACCUGGACCUCUUUAAGCUCUACAGACUGGUGCACCAACUGGGAGGCUUCCAUGAUAUUGAGAGUGGAUCCGUAUGGAAGACUGUCUACCAGGCUCUGGGAAUCCCUGUUCUCAACUCUGCCGCCGGCUACAAUGUCAAAUGUGCUUACCGCAUGUACCUUUAUGGGUUUGAGGAUCAUCUUUACUUCAGGAUCAUCUUUAGCAUCAGGAUCAUCUUUAGCAUCAGGAUCAUCUUUAGCUUCAGGAUCAUCUUUAGCUUCAGGAUCAUCUUUAGCCCAGUUCCCAACAACAUCAGGAUCAUCUUUAGCAUCAGGAUCAUCUUUAGCAUCAGGAUCAUCUUUAGCAUCAGGAUCAUCUUUAGCUUCAGGAUCAUCUUUAGCUUCAGGAUCAUCUUUAGCAUCAGGAUCAUCUUUAGCAUCAGGAUCAUCUUUAGCAUCAGGAUCAUCUUUAGCAUCAGGAUCAUCUUUAGCAUCAGGAUCAUCUUUAGCAUCAGGAUCAUCUUUAGCCUCUUUAGCAUCAGGAUCAUCUUUAGCAUCAGGAUCAUCUUUAGCUUCAGGAUCAUCUUUAGCUUCAGGAUCAUCUUUAGCAUCAGGAUCAUCUUUAGCAUCAGGAUCAUCUUUAGCAUCAGGAUCAUCUUUAGCUUCAGGAUCAUCUUUAGCUUCAGGAUCAUCUUUAGCAUCAGGAUCAUCUUUAGCUUCAGGAUCAUCUUUAGCAUCUUUGGCAUCAGGAUCAUCUUUAGCUUCAGGAUCAUCUUUGGCGUCAGGAUCAUCUUUAGCAUCUUUGGCAUCAGGAUCAUGUUUAGCGAGGAGACUGAGCUCACCCGGAACAAACCAGAGCUGGACCCUCUGAAGGCUGAGCAGCAGAAGGCUGAGAGAGAAGGUGGUGAUGAUGAUGAUGAUGAUGAUGGUGUUGAUGAGGAAGGAAACGACCAUCACAAGCACGGCUCUGAUAAUGAAGACGGCCCUUCAUUUGCUCGCCUCAGAGAGGAGGGAGUGAAGCUGGAGGCUUACGAUGAGGAGCAGGAGGCUGGGAAGGAGGAGGACAUUUCUGGCUCUGGGGAUGAGAGCUGCAGUCAGGAGGGCGAUGGUGGUGAUGAGGAUCUGGGGGAGGAAGGGGAGGAGUUUGAGUGUUACCCCCCGGGGAUGAAGGUGCAGGUGAGGUAUGGGCGUGGUCGCAGCCUGAAGACGUACCAGGCCACUGUGAAAGAGGCUGACGUGGAGGGGGGAGAGGUGCUCUACCUGGUUCACUACUGUGGCUGGAACGUCAGAUAUGAUGAGUGGGUCAAAGCUGACAAGAUUGUCCGUCCGGCCAAUAAGAAUGUUCAGAAGAUCAAGCACCGCAAGAAGAUAAAGAACAAAGCGGAGAGAGAGCGCAACCGCCUGGAGCAACUGAACGAGGACCUGGGGAGUCCGUCCCCCAACAGACUACGUGUCCCCCGCCCUUCCUCCAAAUCCCUCGGCCCCUGCUCUGCCCAUGAGCGCCAUGUCUUCUCCAAGAUGGAGGAUGGUGAGAACCAAAGGACUCUGACUCUGCAGUCUCCAGUCAAGUCUAUUGAAAUCACUUCUAUCCUCAAUGGCCUGCAAGCCUCAGAGAGUUCAACAGACGAGUCUGAUCAGGAUGGUGGACGUGAGGACGACGAUGACCAUCCAGGUUCAGGGGGUCGCGGCAGUCUCAGGAAGGGGGGUUCCCCCAAACCCCUUCAAGCCUUAGACCGCUGGGAGGGUACCGCCUCUACCGAUGUCCCCAAACCACCAUUGGUCACAGGGAAGAGCCAACAACCAAUCAGCGUCGAGACCCCGGAGUCUGGGAAGCGGCGUAGCCAACUAGAAUUUGAGGCUGAGAGGGAGGGGCCAGGUAGCUCCGCCUGCAGGAAGAGGAAGUCAGAAGGAGUGGCAGGGGAGCAACAGACCUCUAAAGGACCCCCGUCCAAAACCAAGCUCCCAACCAGGAGCACCAGGAGCGCAGACUGGCUGCCGGGAAGCUCCAACAGGAGGGCCCAGGAGAGAACAGGAGGUCUAGGGGAAGACAGAGGAGGAGCAGGAGGUUCUUCUAGCAGCAGCUCAGAUGACGGAGGUGCACCUUCCACUGAGCCCCACCAGGCCGAUGGAGACCGACUCAGCUCCCGUCCCAAACCUUCCCCCUCUAAGAAGUACAACGGCAUGAAGGACAAGGGUGUCACCGGUGGUGGAGUCGGCGCCCGCCCUGCGGGAUUCUGGGAGAUCCCUGAGAAGAGGGCUAAGAUGGCAACGAGCAGCGUGGAGGAGAGGGAGAGAGAGAGAGCGAGACUGGCGGGUGGCAGUCGUACCAAGGGCCAGAAGGAUGUGUGGUCCAGUAUUCAGGCCCAGUGGCCCAAGAAGACCCUGAAGGAGCUGUUCUCUGACUCCGACACAGAGGCUGCUAACUCCCCUCCUCCGCCUGGACCGGCCCAGUCCUCAUCAUCAUGCCACGAGGAGAGGGAGAGCAGGGGGGAGCGGGAUGGGGACGAGGCAGGAGUUGGAGGCCCGGAGAGGGAGAGCAGGGGGGAGCGGGACGGGGAGGGAGACGAGGCAGGAGGAAGAGGCCCGGAGAGGGAGAUUAGGGGGGAGCGGGGCGGAGAGGGAGACGAGGCAGGAGGAGGCCCGGAGAGGGAGGACCAUGACCUCUCAGAGGAGAACCAGGGGCAGGAGAAGAGGAGGAGUGAGCAGGAGUUCCCCUCCAGUGGAUCUAACUCAGUUCUCAACACCCCUCCCACCACCCCAGAGUCCCCAUCCAUGGGACAUAGCAGUAGUGGGGCCAUGGCGCAAGGGGCUGGAACUAGCUCUAACCGGACUCAGCCCUCCUGUCCUCCCCUGUCUGUAACCCCUGCUCUGGGUACAACACCCUCCUCUGACCCCCGACCCUGCGGGCGCCCCAACACCCUGGCAGAGGAAGGUGGUUGUGGUCGCAGUGAGACAGACAGCAGUACAGUGGAGGUGGAAAGUCUAGGAGGGGAGCUGCAGGACCAGGACUUACCCCCAGACCAGGAGCAGGGAGAGCCCCACCACCAUGGGGGAGCAGGAUCCCCCUCCUCGCAGAGUAAAGUCUCCCUCCUAGACGGUCCAGGUAGCCUGUCCUCCUCUCACAGCCACUCCAACUCUACCUGUAGUCUGGAGCUCAGUAGUAGCAGUCGGCACGACAACACUGAACACAAAGCCAAAGUGUCUGCCAGCCACAAGCGUCAGAAGGAACAGCAGGCAGGUGGAGCAGCAAAGAAACCCAAGCCAAACAGAAAGAGCUCAGUGCCUCCCAAGAAGAACAAUAACAGAAAAACUGCCCACAGCAGUGACAGUGAAGACCAGUCAUUGGGCGAGAGCACAGCCAAGUCUUCAGUCUCCAAGACCCAUGGUGCAGCUGACAUGAAGGGGUCCAUCUCGCCCAAGUGUCCCGGCCUGGGACAGGGACGCACCCCUCCAUCCAGCCAGAAGUACCACAAGCAGCAUGGUGACCCUGACCACCAUCACCAUCUUCACAGUCGGGAACAUCAUCGGGAGCCGGACCUGGACAAGAUGUCUAGUCUGGAGAGGAUCUCCUUCCUCCAGGAGAAGCUGCAGGACAUCAGGAACCACUACCUGUCCCUCAAGUCUGAGGUGGCCUCCAUCGACCGACGACGCAAACGCAUCAAGAAGAAGGAGCGAGAGAGUACGGUGGCAGCAUCUUCCUCCUCUUCCUCGUCCCCGUCCUCCAGCUCUCUAACAGCAGCAGUGAUGUUGACGCUAGCCGACACUCCUGUGUCGUCCUCUUCCUCCUCUCAGAACUCUGUGGUGUCUGUAGAGUGUAGGUGACAGGACAACCCCUCACCCCUCCCAACCUUCCGAGGCCCAGGACACAGCACUGAGCACUUAACCAGCACCACCCUGGUCCCCAUCCCAAAAUACCCCCAACACCCACCAAGGCCCCAUCCCUCCCACUAACGCCUCCACUCCAAAGUCUCAGUACAUACCCACCUCAAACCGGAGAGCACCCAGGCAUCAAUGCCCCCACUUCAACCUCCCCUCUUAUCCAUGCCUCUCCACCCCAGAGCCCCUUUCCAACAGUUUGGCCUCAUCACCCCUACUCCCAACUCCCUCCCAGCAGGACAGACAACACAAUCUCUAUACUGGAACAA